AUGAUGUUCAUCCGUCCAUUCCUUCACGCGGUUCUCUUGGCACAUGCGGUGGCAAAGGAUUCAUGCCUGUCAUCGGUGCAGAUCAUUGACGACUUCCUGCAUGAUGGGGAGGCAUCGAGAAUCCUGGAGAAGGUCCGUGUGUCCGAACUGCUCAUUGAUCAAACUUCCGUUGUGGAACGCAUCCGUCAAGCCAUGGAUGUCCCCGAGCCGACGGGCGUUGAAGUGGAUGGAUCUGUGAUCCCAUCAAGGAUCGCAACCGGCAAUGUGUCUGAGCACCAGGACAACGACGGCGAGGCAGUGACCAACAGCUCCUCUGCAGUGAUCUAUCUCGAGUCGGCACCGGAUGGAGGAAGCCUUGGCAAGCUUGUCUUCAAGGAGAAGAAGAUGGUUUGCUCCGAGUCUCAAGUCGAGAUGGAAGUGGAGGCGAUUGGAAAGCGACUCGUCUCAUGGGACAACGAUGCCUGCCUGCACAGCUUCCAUGCUCGUCAUGAGGGGGCCCGCCACCUCCUCGGGCCCCUGACGGUGAGUCCUCUCGGAAGCAUGGUGGGCGUCGGAGGAAACCCGACGACAACUACAGUGUCAACGACAACUUCAGCGUCAAUGACAAUGACGAGCUCAACGUCAAUGACCAUGACAGACACGAGCACGACAUCGAUGACAACGACGAUGACUGACACGAUGACGAGCACAGCUACAAUGACGAUGACGGACACCAUGACGACCAUGACGGACACAGUCACGGAAACAAUGACCAUGACGGAGACGGUGACGCAGGCUGGGGAUCUCAACAGCGUCAGUGCUGCUGAGGGCUGUGGCCAAGAUUGGUUGCCUCUGCCCUUCGCCCUCUCAUGCUUGUUGGGGUUUUUGGGCUGA